GAGUAGGUAAACUGACAUUGAAUGAUGUGUCAAGUGAAACAUCAGUGAAAUGAAAUUAAUCCAUGCAAAAAGUCCUGGAGCUAUAAUUCAAGUAGAAGUUGAAAAUAGUUAAUAUUAAUGCUGUGAUUGUAAAAAUAAUGAAGCUUUAAACGCACAGAUCAGUUUAAAAUUAUUCCUUUAUUUACAGCAAGAAGGAUGUCGUUGAAAAAAAUUCUAGCACCCAAACCAAAGGUAUCGGAAGUGUUGACGGCUUACCUUGAACAGUGCAACGAACCACCCUGGACCUCUUACUUCAUCAAGUACCGGGACGUCAAAAACGACCAUUUCGGAAGGUCCCAUUUCAACUGGACUCUGAACUCGGGAACCAACUAUCAUAUCCUGAGAACUGGGUGCUAUCCCUACAUGAAGUACCAUUGCACCCAACGACCUUGGCAGGAUCUGAGUUUGGACGAUGGUUUCUUCAAAUUCAUCAAGCUGCUCAAUUUGGGUAUUCCGAUGCUCGGCUACGGGCUAGCGGCUAGAUUUUUGAUACGGCACACAGAGCUGGUCGACAUGGGUCCCAAGUACGGACAGGUGCCGAUAUAUUUCCUUUAUGCGGAGGACAAAGGCUCGCGAUAUUGAAUGAGAAUGGAGCAAAUAAGACAAACAAAUCUUCAGUUGGUAAGUAACUUUUGCACUUUUCAAAGCUUAAGAUGAGUCUAUAAUUAUUUAAAUUGACAGAUCAAAUAAAGUAAAAGUAAU